GGUGACACUCUCGAGCUAACGCGUGCGUAUCAGUUGUUAUGCAUGAAACAGAGAUUGAUUAAAGAUUUGUUGAUUUAUUAUUGCAAAGAAACUGAAUAAGAAAAUUUAUAAUAAUGAAUAAACUUCUGUCAGUAAGAAAAUUGUCAUAUACAGCGAAGCAAUUGUUAAUUAACGAGGUAAAUAAUCAAAAAUGUUUUCUUGCACCUAUCUUAAGAAAUCUUCACAUAACCUCUUUCAAUACCAAAGAGAUAAGAGAUAAAAACACAAAAGUUAGAAUUGUUUCAAAUAAAUAUAAUUUGAUUGAAGGAGAAACAGAUGGAAUAGUCCAUAAUUUGACUCAGACAGGACUCUUUCCUGAUGAAAACACACCGAAUUGGAUUUUUAAAGGUAUACCAUAUAAGGAAUUACCAAUUGUUAAUAUAAAUGCAACUCCUAACAAUACUCAUAUGAAUUUAACGGAUCAUAAAGGGAAGAUGUUAGCACUUCAUACUGCGGGUAUAGAGGGUUUCAAAAAUACUAGAAAAGGUACCAAUGUUGCUGCGCAACAAGCAGCUGUUACCUUCAGUGAGGCUAUUCGCAAUAGAUCUAUACCAUUAGUCAGAGUGCGUAUUCAAGGAUUAGGUGCUGGUAGAAUGGCUGCUUUGAAAGGUCUUCAGAUAGGAGGAAUAGAAAUUGUAUCGAUUACAGAUAGUACUAGGGUUUCGUGGAAUCCACGAAGACCAAGAAAGCCAAGGAGAAUAUAAUUACAUUCUAUAGAUACAACGAUGUCUUCUCUUCAAAAGAGAGACAUCUUACUAUUAUCAUUUAGCUACUAUGUACACAUUUAUUCAAAAUAAGAAUUGUAUAUUUAUACCUGUGUGUGGAUUGGAAUUUCGAAAUGCAACAUGAUUUUAAAGUUACGAACUUUUCACAGUAAGAUCUCUUCAUUUUUGUGAAGGUUGUUGAUAGAAAGUAAUUACUACUUUAUUACGUUUUUAUGAAAUAAUUUGAAUGUUUAACAGUUCAAUGUAAACGAAUUAAGUUUUUCAAUUAAGUUGACAAAAUAAUGAAUGAACGUUUACGUGUAUAGGAAAAGAAAAUAAUUAAUUUUUAUUUUAUUGUUUAUCUU